AUCAUGUCAGUGGGAAACGUCAGCUUUAUAAAGGAUUUUGUGAUAGUUGGCUUUCCUGGACUUCAGCCUUAUUACUAUGGACUUGUAUCAGCACUUCUAUUUUUUGUUUAUGUGUUUACAUUGGUAGGAAAUGCUUUAUUUUUUAUGUUGUUUGUAACGAGUAAGAGUCUUCAGAAACCUGUUUACUAUUUCAUUAUAAAUCUAGUCAUGUGUGAUGUACUAUUUAGCACCGCAACAUUACCGAAAAUAAUCAGUAGGUACUGGUUUCAAGAUGGAACCAUUUCAUUCUUGGGCUGUUUUGUUCAGAUGUUCUUUGUGCAUUAUUUUGGCAGUGUCUGUUCAGUUAUUCUGGCAGUAAUUGCUAUAGACCGCUAUGCAGCAAUUUGUUACCCGCUUCAGUAUCAUAACAUCAUGACAAACCAAAAUGUACUCAUUCUGUUCUUUGGUUCUUGGAUUUUGGGUUUGCUAGGCCCCGUGGCAAUGGUCAUUCGAGCUUAUCCUCUCCCUUAUUGUGCAGAAAACACAAUUAUACACUGUUACUGUGAUCAUGUUUCCAUCACAACACUGGCAUGCACAGACAGAUCACUAUAUAGUAUUCCAGCGCUCAUCUAUGCCUUUGCAAUACUUUUGGUGCCCUUUGCUGUUAUUAUAUUCUCUUACUGCUCUAUCUUUCUAGCAGUUAUGCAGAUUUCAGGUACUCAAGGAAAGAUGAAGACUUUAUCCACCUGCAGUCCUCAGCUCAUCAUAAUUGCUCUAUUUUUCCUACCCAGGUUAUUUAACUAUUUGUCUGGCAACAUUGGUAUAAAGUUCAGCACUGAUUUGCGAUUAGUUAUUAUUAUGAUGUAUAGCUUGUUGCCACCCAUGAUCAACCCCCUCAUAUACUGUUUGAGAACAGAAGAGGUAAAAAAGUUACUAAGUAGAGUAUUUCAAAAGAAACAAAUAGGUAUUCCUUUACGGUUGAUCUGA